GGCACGUAAAGCACGUCGAAACAGGAAGUGGGAUUUAAAACAAACGAGCCGGGCUGUGUGGGCAGUGCUGCGGGCCAGGCUCGGGAUAGGGGAAGGGGAGCUUGCCAGACCAGCCGGCUGUUCCGCCGCCGCUGGGCGCCGCAGCCUUUGUCUUUCCCCGGCUGCCUCGCUCCCUCCCUCCCGGGCCCGACGCGGCCUCCCCGAAGCCUCGGGACCAUGUCGGCCAUGGAGAAGCACCUCUUCAACCUCAAAUUUGCCGCCAAGGAGCUCAGCAGGAGCGCCAAGAAGUGCGAGAAGGAGGAGAAGGCCGAGAAGGCCAAGAUCAAGAAGGCCAUCCAGAAGGGCAACACGGAGGUGGCGCGCAUCCACGCCGAGAACGCCAUCCGCCAGAAGAACCAGGGCGUCAAUUUCCUGCGGCUGAGCGCGCGCGUGGACGCCGUGGCGGCCCGGGUGCAGACGGCCGUGACCAUGGGCAAAGUCACCAAGUCCCUGGCCGGCGUCGUCAAGUCCAUGGACGCGGCGCUGAGGAGCAUGAACCUAGAGAAGAUCUCGGCGCUCAUGGACAAAUUCGAGCACCAGUUCGAGACGCUGGACGUUCAGACGCAGCAGAUGGAAGACACCAUGAGCAACACCACCACCCUGACCACCCCGCAGGGCCAGGUGGACCUGCUGCUCCAGGAGAUGGCCGACGAGGCCGGCCUGGAUCUCAACAUGGAAUUGCCCCAGGGCCAGACGGGCUCCGUGGCCUCGGUGGCCUCGGCCGAGCAGGACGAGCUGUCCCAGAGACUGGCCCGUCUGCGCGACCAAGUGUGACGGGGCCGCUGAGACCCGCCGCGGACCCCGGUGGCUUCUGAAGCCCUCCCUGUUGUUGACACACAUACACGUAUCCUGCUCCCACCACCCUGGAAACAUUGUCGAGUGCCAGAGCUCAAGUGCUGUUUGUGUGAUGAGAUCCGAUUUAAAAGUGCAGGAAGAAUAUUUCAUUCUUUGGGAUUUUAGAGACUGUGAUGCAGUUUGAUUUCUGCAGACGGGGAUGAAGAUUGGGGGCACAUACUUUGCCAGGCGGCUUUUUAACAGGACUAGGGUUUAAAUUGUAUUGGAAAAUUGGGCCAGAAUGACCGGCUCUGCAUAUUUGAAAAUGUUCCGACCGUUUUAAAAUACCGCCUAGGUCUUAAUCUGCGGAGAACUGAGUUUAAAUCCCACUCCCAUCCCUUUUGUCCACCAUCCUCCCCCUAAAUAGGGAUUGACUGAUAAUGGGAGCAGUUGGAAUGUGAGGCAUUUUUCUUAGCAAAAAAAAAAAAAAAAUCAGCAUAGGAUGUUUCUGUGUGAAUAUUAAAUAAAAGCUACUUUUGGCUUUUAUUCUCUUUUAAUUAGAUUUAGUUUUAAUUAGCAAAAGCAUUUUUGCAUAAUAAGUUGACUACUGUUUUGGUGCUGUAAAUUAUUCGUCUUUACCUAAAAAAGUGCCAUGUCACUUCGUUUAUGGGAGAGAUUUAAGUUUUCUUGUGUUUUUAUUCAUAAACUUACAGCUAUAUUUAAUAUGUGCUGCCGAAGCAAGCACUCACGGCUAUAUUUAAACCUUCAUUGUCUCAGAUAUGUUGAAGCGUUAACAUUUAUGAUUAUUCCAUAGCUGGCUAAUUUUUUUGAGGCUGUAUUUUUAAAAUAUGCGCAUUUAUGUGUACUUCUGUUAAUAUUCUCAGAUCACUUGACUGGGGAAAGUCCUGGCUUGUGUGUGUAUAAGAGGGAAAUGUUAAGAUAAUGGAAUGAUACAAGUUCCAAAGUUAAAACUGUACUUUAAAUACCUUGUUAAAUAAGCUUAUCCCUUUUGUCUUAAAGCGGCCACUCCUUAAUAAUUGGCAAAAUGAAAAAAUAAAAAACACCUAGGUUUUUUAAAUGGAGCCAUAGACAUUUUAAAUAACUUCUAGUCAGAUGAAAAUUGGAAGUGUAUUAGUUUUGGUUUUUGAAAAUUGGGUUGAGUGAGAGUCAUAUGAGAUUGGAAAGCAGGAAAGGAAAGCAAUUUGGUGCCCAGGUUGUACUUUACUUUGGCCAGUUUAUCUUAACAUAAAUAUGCACGUGAAAAUAUAGCUGUGACUUUCUAAGUUAAUAUGUAGUAGGCAGUGACUUAUUGAAAUAUCAAGGCAAGUGUAAGGAUCUAGGUUAAAGAAGAAGAAUUUUCCUCCUUGCUGGAAAAUGUCUCCUUAAAAAAAUUCCAGUGUUUUUUCAAAUAAGGAAGUUCCAUUGCAGAGUAAAUUGCUGUAGGAAAUCUUCCUGUUGAGUCAUGAGGGCAUCCAAAGUGCAAUUAUGGAGUUAAUUUUAACCUAAUUCUUAGCCAGGUGUUCACCAUUUCUAGCAAUCGUUGUUAUUAGCUUCCUAACAGUUGUUAUUGAUGUGAAAUGUGGAUCAAGAUUAUGUUUGAAUACAGCUAAAUGCAGAUAGAAAUUAGUUUUGUUCAUUUGUGAUUGAUAGUGUCUUGGUACAGGGUCUUUGCAUGUUUCUGUUUCCAUGUGGAAGUCUUUUCUUCCUACAAAAAUGGUCUAUUUCUAAUUCAUACAGUUCAGGGAUACAUAGAUUACUAACAAAAUGCUGAGAGAGUAUAGUUUCCUUAUUUUCCACAGCAAGUAAUCAUAAUCAAAAAUGUAAAUCAUUGCAGAGCUUGGUUAGAAGAGGCUUCGUAAGAUGGAAGGAAGAAAAUUCAUACCAUAGUAUAUAUAUAUAUUUUUGGAGAGGCAGGAAGGAGGGAAAAGUCCAUAGACAGUUUCCUUAGAAGGGAAAGGCUUGCGUUCUUCCCUGGUCAGAGUGCUUUGGCUUGGUCACACCUGGAGUAUUGCCUUCUAUCCUGCACAAAAGACAGAAUUAGGGGUAAGGGGAGAAGUUGGAGAUUUAGGCUUGAUAAUAUCCAAAAAUGGAAUGUGCUACUUCAGGAGUUAGGGGGUCCUCCAUCUCCUGAGGUCUUCAAGCAGAGACCAGACUUGUUGGGUAUGUUGGAAGGGAUUCUUGUUCAGGCAUAGGUUGUAUUAUAUUAGCCUUGUAAGCCCCUUCCAACUGUUAAAUUGUGUAAGUGAGUUUGGUUAUAACUAGGAUUGAUAACUGACUUUUGAAAAAACUUGGGAAAACUCGGGUCAAACAGGGAAAGGGAUUUUAAAUGAAAGAAAGGGAGAGAAAAAUGGCAGUUAUCUUUUAGAAGUAUUGCUUAAUUAAAUUAUUUGGGGAGGGGGAAAUGUUUCUGGGGGGAAGCUUGAUAAUCAUAUUGGGGAUUACUGAAAGCUUUGUGCUUUAUCCUUUUUUAAUUAAAUUUUUCUUCAAUUAACAUUUUCUCUCAUCUACCUCCCCCUCACUGAAGAGAAAAAAAGAAAACCCUUGUAUCAAGUAUGCAUAGGCAUGCAAAAAAAAUUCCCAUGUUGAUGAUGUCCAAAAAACGUGUGUCUCAUCCUACAUAUUUACCAUUGUGUCAGGAAAUAUAGGGAGCAUUCUUCAUCAUUGGUCCUCUGGAAUCACAGUUGGUUUGUUGUGUUGAUCUUAAGUCUUAAAAACAUGGAACACUUCACGAAUUUGCACAUUACCGUUCCUCAGGGGCCAUGUUAGUCUCUGUUGUUCCAAUUUUAGUCUAUGUGCAGCCGAAGUGAGUCUAAUAAUCCUGAGAAGAUGAAAAUAUAUAACCAUUCUUCUCGGAAGUGACUACUGGGCAACUGAACUAUCUUUGAAGUCUCGUGUUUUUAUGUUUUACAUUCUUAUUACCUUUGCCAUGUAUGUGCUGAUAUGAAAAAUCAGUAAACAUUUAUUAAAUGCUUUCUAUGUGCCAAGCACUGUGUUGAGUGCUGGGGAUCCAAAAAGGUAUGUACCUCCACCAAAUGUUGUAAAUUAACUUUCUGAAAAAACAACUUUAGACAACAAUUUUCUCAGGAGUUUGUUUCAGUAGAAACAAUACCAUAAAUGAGUAGUUGGUCAAAAAAACUCAUAGCAAUUACAUUAUUAGGUGGGAAUGUAUUUAUAAUAUAUUAAUAACAUUAUUGAAAAGACAGUGUUCAGGUGGAUCCCUAUGUGAGCCAUGUCCAUAUAAGUGGGUGUAAUAAGUAGAAAUGGAAGGGUACCACUAAAGAGUUCAUUUUUCUUUGAUUCCUCUACAAAGCAUCCAUAACAGCGAACAGCAAGAGUAUCCUUAUUAAAUAAAUGCAAUUUAACCUUUAGUGGCAAAGCAAUUCAAUUAUUUGGCUUUUUUCACUUUUAGCUAAACAAAAAACCGUCACAUCUUUCUGGUAAAUUACCUUUUCCUGAAGACUUGGAUAUCUCAAUUAUUGGGAAAGUGAAAGAAACUGAGCAAGAUGAUGAAGAGUUGGGUGAUUCCUUUGGUUAGUAUGCACAUUUUUUUAAAAGUUGAUUUAAAACCUGGUGUGCUGCUAGAUACUUAGCCUAAUAUAGAAACAUCUUUAAAUAUAAACAUUCAUUGACCUGUAUCUAAA